AAUUGAAAUCCUCUAUUGCAGCCGCUUAUAAAUACGUCAAAUCUGUCAUUUGAGGAAACAAAGUUAAUGGUAACUUCUCAUUCAUUCCUUUCGUUCAUCUCAACACAGAAACAAACACCUUUCACCCUUCUUUGAUCGAUUCAAAACCCCUCUGUUCAGCUAUGGGUUCCUCUCCUGUAUCAGAAACCAAGAAUAUUCAAGAAGUUAGUGGGAAAUUUGUUCCGAAUGAACACGAUGCUCUGCAGAGGCAUGUAGCAUUCUUCGACAGGAAUCACGAUGGCAUUGUUUAUCCUUGGGAGACCUUUCAAGGUUUUCGUGCAAUUGGGUGUGGCCUCCUCUUGUCCUCGUUCAGUGCUAUCUUCAUCAACUUCGGUCUCAGUCGGCAGACUCGCCCGGGAAAGUCGUUUUCUCUGCUGUUUCCGAUUGAAGUUAGAAAUAUUCACAAAGCCAAACACGGCAGUGACUCAGGCGUCUACGACAGUGAAGGAAGGUUUGUUCCCUGUAAGUUUGAAGAGAUUUUCAUCAAGCAUGCACAUACUAAUCCCAAUGCUUUGACAUCCGCUGAACUGAAUGGGCUGCUCAAAGCGAAUAGGGAACCAAAUGAUCGCAGAGGAUGGUUGGCUGCCUGGACUGAAUGGAAGAUCCUGUAUUUGCUUUGCAAGGACAAGCAUGGUUUACUGCACAAAGAAACCAUUAGAGCUGUUUACGAUGGGAGCUUGUUCGACCGUAUGGAGAAGGAAAGAUCAGCUGCAGCAGCCAAGAAGAAAGAUAUUGUCUGAAAAGAAAAAUGGCAUAACGCUCUGGUCAGCCAUUUGGUUCUGCUGAGUGGAUGAUGUAAUUAGCUGAUAGUAUAUUGGUUGUGUGUGUGUGUGUGUAGACGAACAAUGUAAGCCCGUAUAUUAUGGUUUGUAAUCUUGUUUUAUGAUGUACAUUGGUUCUUGUUCUUCGAUUGUCUUUACAUCAAGCAUGUAUAGGCCCUGUAUAUUAUGGCCUCAGAUCUUUGUACGGAUAGAUUCCAAGUUUGAAAUAGAAGUGUUGAGUACAGUUUGGUACUUUUGGUGGGAGUUCAGUAACUGAAGUGAUAGCACUAAUAGCAGUGGAAUGGUGGAUGUUGACACUGCAAGGAUCUCACAGUUAGAACUCUCCUUGAUCGUGAAAUGUCGAUUGCUUGUUGAACCCGGAAAAUGUGAAUUGCGGUGAAGUAGGAUACUCUAAAUUCGGAAGUCACAACAUCUUUAUAAAAUGUUUUUUUUUUUUUGAAAUUCUUUAUAAAAUGUUCUUUGAUGGAAGGAAUUGUUAUAUGGGAUGAUAUCCAUGAUACGUA